AUGAAUAUCGGCGUGGUUUUUAAAGAAAUUUACAAUAGUUACCCCGCCGAAAAAGUAGUUGGCGUUUAUAGAAUGACAACACCUUCUUUGCUGUUGCGUGAUUUAGAUGUUAUCAAACAUGUGAUGAUUAAAGACUUUGGUUGUUUUUCUGAUCGCGGCAUUUCUUUUAGUGAAGAGGGCUUCGGUGCCAAUUUAUUUCAUGCCGAUAGCCGCAUAUGGUACAUGCUUAGAAAUCGAUUUACACCUCUUUUUACAUCUGGGAAACUGAAGAACAUGAUUUACUUGAUGAAUGAGAGAGGGGAUAAAUUCGUCGAUUACAUUAGUGGUUUGGACAAACAUGAACACGAAAUCCAUACACUCGUGCAGAAAUAUACAAUAGCGACGAUCUCUGCUUGUGCGUUUGGUUUGGACAUUGAUACAUUAAAUGGUAAAAUGGAAACCCUUGAAAGAAUAAACAAAAUACUUUUCAAACCUUCAUACGCAAGAGAACUAGAUAUGAUGUACCCAGGAAUUUUUAAAAAGUUUAAUAGUUCCCUUUUACCCAGUGAAAUUAAAAAUUUCUUUAAUCACUUAGUUAAAAGUGUCAUAGCACAAAGAAAUUCUAUGCCAACAAAUAGGAAAGAUUUUAUGGAUUUAAUAUUGGAAUUACGGCAACACCGUAAAAUUAAUAGCACUAAGAAAAGUGAUGAAGAAGAAGAAAACACUAUAGAAUUAACUGAUGAUAUUAUUGCAGCUCAGGCAUUUGUAUUUUACGUAGCUGGAUAUGAAACUAGUGCUACAACGAUGACAUUUAUGCUUUAUGAAUUAGCAAAGAAUCCUGAUGUACAGGAUAAAUUAAUGAAGGAAUUAGAUGAAGUUCUUCAAAGGCAUAACGGUGAAGUUACAUAUGAAACAUUAAAUGAUAUGAAAUAUAUGGAAAAAGUGUUCGAUGAAACAUUGCGUAUGUACCCUUUAGUAGAACCAUUGCAAAGAAGGGCUCAAGUCGAUUAUACAAUACCAGGCACAAAAGUAACUAUUAAUAAAGGGCUAAUUGUACUUGUAUCGCCGUUAGGUAUCCACCGUGAUGAAAAGUAUUACCCUGAUCCAGAAAAAUUUGACCCCGAAAGAUUUUCUCCAGAAAAUGUCGGAAACCGACAUCCUUGUGCUUAUAUGCCAUUUGGCGUCGGUCCAAGAAACUGCAUCGGAAUGCGAUUUGCUAAAGUUCAGUCUCGCAUGUGCAUAACCAAGCUGCUUUCCAAAUUUAGAAUUGAAACGUCGAAGAAAACUCCCAAAGUAUUGGAGUUUUCACCGAACCUCCCCAUAAUUGGACCGAAGGAAAAAAUUUAUUUAAAUAUUGUACCAAGAAAAUAA